UCAUUCCCAUAGAACAAUAUGUUUUUUGGGAUCUCUGUCAAAAUUGCCAAAUGUCCGAUGAGCAGAAGCUGCAAAGUUUUAUGAGAAAGCAUGACGUGCAGGAGGAUGUGGCCCGUCGCUAUCUAGUCGCCAACGACUGGGCGUUGGAUCAAGCCAGCGGUGCCUACGAGUCGGACACGGCCGCUGUCAACAGCAGUCCCACUGACUCGUCCAGCAACAGAGAGCCGCAGUCGGGGAUCAGCGUGCACACAGACCGGCAGGACGAUGAUCCGGAGAAGCACUUUGCCGAAAGCUCCAACAACACUAUAGCCCCAGGGGAGAAGCGCGUCAGCAUAGAGGGUUCCACUCCGGCCCUGACCUACGUGGACAGCCUCCACAGCGUGCGAGUGUGGGGGCAAGGCCGCCGUCUGGGCAGCGCUCAUCCGAUCAAUCCGCCGGCGCCUGGGAUCGCGAAUCAGGACUCGGACACGGAUCCCAAUGACAGCGAGCACACCAUCGUGGUGCUGCAUCUCUGGUCGGAGGGCUUUUCCUUGGACGACGGCUCGCUCAGACUUUACGAUGUUCCGGAGAACGCACAGUUUCUGCAGUCCGUUCUGCAGAGGGAGGAGAAGAUGCUGGGCCUUGGCCAACGGCUGGAGGUGAGUGUCCAGGACCACAGCAACGAGCCCUUCAGGCGUCUUGGUCAGUUUCUGGGUCCAGGACGAACUCUGGGCGAUCGCUUGACUCGCUUGGCGAACUCCUCGCCAUCAGAGUCCUUGGCUCGCCAGGAGCAGCAUGCCGAGGGCAAACUGAGCCUCAACGAGAAGUCGGCCAUGACGACGGUCCAGCUGCGUCUCUCCGAUGGCAGCCGCAUCUCAGCCCGCUUCAAUCGCACCCACAACGUGGGCGACCUCUACCGCUAUGUACGCCUGGCACGGCCACAGUACUCCAGCCGGAGAUUCGUACUGAUGACGAGCUUUCCUCGAGUGCAGCUGGAUGAGACGGAUGCCCGAAGCCUGGCCGAGGCCAAUCUCUGCAAUGUGGUCGUCAUCCAGCACUUGGAAGAGGAGCAGCCCGAGCAGUCCUCCUCCGAAUUUCUGAUGUAAACUUGGACUGAAAAUCAAUAAAACCACUUAAUAUAAGACUUUUUU